AUGAGCGAAUCUAAAGAUGAUAGCUUGAAAGCUAUAUUAGCUGAGAAAUCUUGGUUCGGCUUCGACCUCGACGAUACCUUACACGAGUUCCGCCGUGCCUCCACCGCCGCAACCAGCAAGACCCUAGAGGUGGUCUCCCAGCGGCACCAGACCCCUUGGGUAUCUCUGAAGGAGGAAUACACCAAGAUCCUCCAUGAAAAGACCGCCGGCGCCUUUUCUGAAGGGAAGACCUCGUUCGAGUACCGGAGGGAGAGAUUCGCAUCAUUGUUGGAGCGAUUCUCCUUGCCGCAGGAUGAUGCCUUCUUGGACGAGCUUCUGGAGGUGUACGAAACCACCUUGAACCAGUCACUGCAACUCAAAGAAGGGGCGGCGAUCACGUUGGAGACUUUGAAAGGGAUGGGGAAGAAGAUUGCAGUCAUCACAGAAGGACCGCAGGAUGCGCAGGAACGGACGGUGCGGAACUUGGGUGUUGCCGACCAUAUCGAUUUCCUUGCCACGACGAACUACUUUGGAUUACCAAAAACUGAAGGGCUGUUCCCGAAAGUUUUGAGUCACCUCGGGAUCACUGCUGCGGACAUGGUUUAUGUGGGGGAUAGUGAGUUGCGGGAUAUGGAGCCAGCGAUGGCUGGAGGUAUUUUCUGCAUCCAUCUCAACGAGGCGGCCCAGGCAUCUUGGGCAAGCCACCCUCCGAGGAUCAAGAGUCUGAGGAAUCUUGAGCAGGUUCUUGCUUAG